CUCAAGCACACAGUCAGUCAGAGCUAAUGCUCGAUUCUCACACUCGACACCGGCAACAGAAGAGCAACUUGAGCAGAAUUGUUGUAUUAUCUGAGUUUGAGAAAGUGAUUUAGAGGAAGUGUUCAGAGUUUCAGGCUGAUUUUCUGAAGAAAUGAAGUUUGCGCUGAGGGUUUGUGUGUUUCUGCUGAUGGCGAGAGCUUCAGUGUGUGCUGAUAUUACAGUGACAGCAGCAGAAGGAGGAGAAGCUGUUAUUAACUGUCCUUAUGGUGGAGGAUAUGAGACGUCUUAUAAAUACUUCUACAUAGGACCUUACAAAGACAGUACACUAUGGCUACAGUCCUAUGGAGGAGAGUCUCCAGUGUUCAAUGGCAGAUUCACACUAAAAGAUGAUCAUAAAGCCAGAUUAUUUAUAGUGACCAUCAGAGAUCUGCAGAUGAAUGAUGCUGGAGAGUACAACUGUGCUGCUGGAUGGAGAGAUUCUAGAUCAAUUCAGCUUAAUGUGAUCAGAGGUGUUUGA